AGCGUUCCGAGCUCCCCGCCUGUCAUGUCAACGGCGCCCGAUCCUCCUCGCCAGUCUGACUCCGUAUACGGCGAAGUUCCGUUGUAUCGCGUUGUUUUCACUUUCUGGAUCCGGCUCGAAGGACCAACGACUAAUACGACCCUAUCGGCGCGACGAAUCGCUUAAGUCGAGUGCGGUCCGUGUCUAAGUGCAUGUGAGUGAAGUUCUGGAGUAUGAUGCAGUGAAAAUCGUCAUUAAAAUUGCGGCAGUAUUCGCGCACUGAAGGGGUGAGUUCCGUUUACCACGGUGGUCGUGUCUUAUCUGUCACCUGGUGGGAAUUAAUGCGACGUCGAUUUCUUUUGAGGGUUUAACUACUAGAUUCGACAAACCUGAGGAAAUCCAAGACACUUAACAUUGUGGAUUCGGACGAGGACAAAUCCGCUGUGGUCCAGUGAAGCUGAGUACAUAAAUUCGAAAGUUUGAUCGACAUUUUCUAACGAAUGAUACACCGAACGCCAUGCUGCACUUCAACCAGAUCCAAUUCGAGUAGUUUUCACAAUAAACUGGAAACGAGCAAGUGUUAUGAUACCGUGUCAGAGACUAUGAUGGGUGAACAAUGGUGAUAACAAUGGCGAAGCUAGCAGUUGUGUCCUUAGUUCUUCUGGCAGCCUCAACAUGCCUAUCUCAAGAAAUAGACUGGACCAGAAAAUGCAACAAAUGCAAGUGCGUCUGGUCAAGCGGAAAGAAAGUAGCAGAUUGUACAGAUAUAAACCUAAGCGCUAUACCAACAGAUCUCAGUACGCAGAUACGUGAAAUGGACUUUUCCCUCAACCCUAUCUACGAGUUGGGGCCCAAAGUUUUCUUCAAGAACAAAAUUAGAGAUGUACAUAAACUACGAUUCCAAAACUGUAGCUUAGAAUCCAUCGACAAAACCGCUUUUGAAGGCGUAUGUCUGCUCAUCGAGCUAGAUCUAUCGAAAAACAACCUAAAGAACAUCGAUAAGGAAACUUUCAAGGACAAUCUCAAAAUGAGAAUACUGAAUCUUAGUUUCAACAAAUUGACGAGACUCGAGAGUGGCCUAUUUUACAACAUGACGCAUCUACAGAAGAUAGUCCUGAACGACAAUCAGAUCAGCUGGAUGGGCCAGACGGUCUUCGAGAAGCUGCCUGCUCUUCAACACAUUAACCUAGGCAACAACAGGUUGAAAAGCGUGGUCAACGACUUCACCAAGAACUUGGAAAAGUUGAACAGUUUGAACAUGGAGGGUAACCCCUGGGUUUGCGACUGCCACUUGGAGCAGUUUAGGAGGAAAACGUUGAGGGAGAAUUGGAUAACCACCCCUACGAGUUGUGCAGAACCACCAAGGCUCAGGGGUAGGUUGUGGUCUGGAUCGGACGUGUUCGCUUGUGCACCAACCAUUCUAGAGCCUCAGGGGAUGACCACAUUGGAAGUUUCAACCACCAACGUUUCCUUAACGUGUAAAGUGACUGGACAACCUUUGCCAGACGUGGACUGGGUCAUAAAUGGCAGGAUCAUAGCUAGAGACCCUAGACAAUCCACGCAAAGAUACUUCCUAGCCAAAAACAUCGAGGGUAAUUUCACCUGGAACAACCUCACCAUAGUCAACGUGAACUACAGAGACAGGGGAGAGUACAAAUGUUUAGCCAAAAACCCUGGAGGCACAGACGAACACAACGUAACUCUACUCAUCUCCAGCGAGCUCACCCACACUGCCGGUGUUGCCAACAUAAUGAAACCAUUUGAAGGUUACUAUCUAAUAGUUAUCGCAGCUUUACUAGCAGCGGUCUUCCUGCUGAUGCUGAUCUCGCUCCUGCUGUGUAGAUGCAGGAAGGAGAGCCCUAGGAACGGGACUGACAGGAAGGGUGGCGAUAACGAGUCAUCCAGUGAGUACAUAAACCUGCACGGACAGCCAGAUUUGGAGAAGUCGCUCAUCACGGAUGUCAAUCCGGUUGUCAAACCCCCCAGAUUCGUGAUGCCCACACCUAUGAGCAUGAGCAGUGGUGGGACCGAAGUUAGUGACGCUAAGAGAAAUCUUCUGGACAGCGACAGUGUCUACAUUGGAGACGACGAAUCACGUUCGCUCGACUUCGAUAUUCAAUCGAGGAGAACGGACAUGAUGGACAUGCGACUGCCCUACCCGCCAGAUCUGCUCCCACCAUUUCCACAUAGAGCAUCACAGGUAUCACCAGCUGGCAGCUCAGCAUCCACCGUUGCAGAUACAUCCCGUUUGCCAGCCCUGCACGGACCUCAAUCACCUCUUCACAGCCCCUUCUACGACCACAUCUAUCGAACGCUACCCCACUCAAGGUCUCACUCACCCUUCACCCCUGUGUCGGCCCCCUUUGUUCCCAGACAGGGCUACGUCACCAUCCCAAGACGCCCCAGACAGCAAAGUUGGAGCAGCGAGCCUCCAGAGGUUGCUGAACCUCUUUACGAUAACUUGGGACGACGUACGACAGCUACUGGUAGUUUGAUGAACAAACUAGCACUGAGUCCUUCCAGCUGCGACCCUAUAGCUGAGAACGAAGCGCCACCUACAGUAUCGGCAACGCUACCUAGGAACCUGAACCAGAAGCUGUCGCCCUCUAGGACCAACUGGGCAAGAGCUAACGCCGAGGCUUUCCAGAGUCCGGAUAGAAGAAACUCAUUGUCUGUGUUCCCCCCAAGCGAGCAGAAACCCUCCAAGAUACCACCAAGACCACCGCCGAAGCCCAAGAAGAAAACCCCAACCGGACCACUCUUCGAGGACGAAGGAGAAGACGGUACGGAAGUGUGAGAAUGGCUUAAACUGGUGCUUCCGGCACUGGUUGCUUGCAGUUGAGGGUACGGACCAAGGGACUUUUGUACACAGGGUUUUCUACUAGGACUUUAAUUGAUUUGAAUCGAACAGUGCCUUCCCGUCGAGUAGUUUAGUGACUAAUAAAAUAAUUAAAUCGGUAUUUAUUUGUUCGUGCUUGAAAAAUCGGAUUUAAAAAUGUGCGUACUUGUAAUUUUCAUACGGGCUUCCAAACGACUGAUGUAAAAAGAAACACAACGAUCCAAUUUAGGUAGGAACGAGGCUUCUUCGAGAUAAGAGGGAAGACAUGUAGCUUAACGGAUCUCCCCUGAUGACCUGGUUCGCUAAGUGAAAUUGUAAUCACGGUAUCUCGACACAGACGGGUAGUGCAAGCCGAAUUCCCCGUCUUCGUGGUCUGAUGAAUAAACUCUCCCUUGCCACGUGAUUGAUGAGUACGAGUCUGCUCCGUCAGUAUUAUUAAUUUAAGAUAAGCAGUGCGAGUACACAGGAGCAGUCUGUAUCGCCUUUGCUGAUCUCAGUAAAUCGUUGUAGUGUUAUGAACCCGACUGUGAUCUUAUGACAGUUACAAAUCGUUCGAAAUAUGGCCAUAUAUGUAUGGCUUGCUUGUGCGGUGACGCCAGUCUAAAUUAGCUUGCAUACGACGUUGUUGUUUAUACAUCUUUGUGUAUAAUAACCGGUGAACCACCUGUUCCUCUUAGAACUUAUGGCAAUCCAGUGAAAGACAUGUCUUGCCUUGUUUAUCGUCUGUGCGGGAAUCUAUCAUCUUGAAAAUUAUAGCUUUUCGAUGUUCACGACCUCUAUCCACAAGGAACAAAUUACAUACACUCCCCUCUAAUUGUAGUUAAGACCUAAACGAUGCAUUGGUUGCUUGUAUCAUUACAAAAUGAUUGUUCUAUAUAUAGUAUAUGAAUAAAUUAUAUAUAAAAUUGUAUAUAAAUAUUUUCUAUGACUGUAUUCUAUAUUCUUUUCCAAUAUAGAUUGCUAAAUGUAAUUGAAAUGAAUUCGAUUUGAAUUAAAUCUAUUUAAAGAUUA